UCUGAUUUGGGGGAAGUACUUGGUAAAGAAAGCUUUAAACACAACUGUGUAUUUAUGUGGGUCACAGGACAGAGCCACAGAGGCAGAGACUCAUCUAGGGAGGGACGAUGCGUUCGCUGGCUUCGCUGUGGCUGUGCGCGGCCCUGCCGAGUGUCCUGUGGGCCUCACAUAUCACUCUGUUAGUGGAAGGGGACAACAACGCCUCUCGCAUCUGCAAACCCGCCCCCCACUGGGAGAUUAAUGGACAAGCUCCCAUGCAGGAGCUGCUGGGAAAGGUGGUGGUGGUGGUGCUCCUGAAGGCCACUUGACACUUCUGUCUCACUCAGGCCCGCAAAAUUGGAGGCCUGCGUGACAAGCUGAACCGCAGCAACCUGACCCAGGUGUCCUUCAUGAUAGUGAACGAUCAAGAGGCUCAAUCCAGGGCAAUGUACUGGGAACUGAAGAGAAGAGCGCCACCUUAUGUCCCUGUGUACCAGCAGGCGCCCUUUCAGGAUGACGUGUGGGAGGCACUGGAUGGUGACAAAGAUGACUUCCUGGUCUAUGAUAGGUGUGGUCUCCUCACCUUCCACAUAGUGCUACCGUACAGUUUUCUGCAUUACCCCUAUGUCGAGGCUGCAGUCAGAGCCACUUAUCAGAAAGAUAUCUGCAACUGCUCUGCUAACUCCGCUUUACCAAGUGGGAGGAGCAGCAGCAUGAAGAAUGAGUCAGAUCUGAACAUCAACUCGACAACUACAUUAACCACAGAUCCAGAGGGGGACAAACCACCUGUAACACAUCAACACAUCCAUCAUCAUCAUCAUCAUCAUCAUCACCAACACGACCACCAUUACCAUCAUACAAUUAAGGGGAAUCAGUCCCAGAAUCAAGAUACGAGCCAAAAUCAAACUCAGAACCAUCAUCAUCAUCAUCAUCACCAACACGACCACCAUUCCCAUCAUACAAUUCAGGAGAAUCAAGAUACGAGCCAAAAUAAAACUCAGAACCUUCAUCAUCAACAGCAUCAUUAGCAAAUUAGAAAGUUUCACUAACUUGUUUAAUUUUCUUUAUUCUGAUGACCUUGUAUCUUAUUUUCAGUAAGACUCUUGAGAGUCUGCAGUUAGACAGCAGUCAAUUGAGUGGGUGAAUCUGUGUGAACAGUAAUCAGAUUGUGGUCUCCCCUCCAACACAUCCACCCCCCCGCUCCUCUGUGGACAAACCAGGCGGUCCUGCUCCAUCUUCUCCACUUUAUGAAGUCUGCGGUGGUAAACCUGCCUGCAGGAGGCUGCAGAUGGAUGUGUGUGGAGAGAUGAGGAGGACCAACAGGACAUGUCGCUCACACAGAGAAGGAGGACAGUGUGAAGUGCAGCAGAGCAGACCUCAGUCUGGUAACUGUUCAAACUGGAUUCACUUCUCCUCCAGGUUCAGCUUGAGCUCCCAUGAAUCCGUUCUUCCUGCUGGAUGAUGCCGUGUCAUCCUCUACUUCUGUUUGUAACAGAUUAAUAUAUAAUCAUUCAGUAGUAUAUAUCACACAAUGAAUGCAGUGUACUCUAACACAUUGAUGUAGUUUUAACAGUAAAUUGUUUGAAAUAA